CGACACUCUCGACAGCACAGUGGCAGCUUAUGUUAGUCACCGCAAUGCAGUAGCGAGCGUUACUUGCCGCUAACACUAUAGAAUUGUCGUGCACGGCUACUUGCUGGCUAACGCAAGGUGACUCAACAUGUUGGAGGUCACAAACAUUCAAGAUGGAGAAGUUGUCAGCCAUCGCUUGUGCUUAUUGCGUGUGAUAGGGACACAACCUGAGGCAACAUGUGGUGCAAUUCAUAAUCAGAGUGAUAACAAUAGAAAUGGGACUUUAUGGAAAAUAUACAAUGGUGGGUUUAAUGCUUUGGUUCCUCUUGUUGAUGGGAAAAAUUACUUGAGAAUUAUAUGUGGGACAGAGGAAGCUACCAUACAGGUGGAGUACCAGCCACUUAAGAUUCCACGUUUCAUCCGUCUUGUUUAUAUCACUUGCCUAAAUGAAGAAAAAUUUCAAGGUCCUGCUAAUACAGAGCGGUCUCCUAAUACAGCAGUUCGGAAAAUUCAGACAGGAGCUCUAAUUCUACAGACUUUUGUUGCUGAAACUUUGGCAGCUGAAGGUUUAGGUCGACGCACUUUUCGCUAUGAAUUAGACAAAGAAGGGAACCCCAUAGUCCAUGUUGUACAGUUACCUCUCACCAUAAAAGAAGCACAUAAAUUCACAGAGGAGCGUUUGUGGGAAACUGCAGCACUGCAGAUUUUGUCAUCCCAUCUUGCAGAUAAAAAUUGCAAAUAUGUAGCCUUUUUCUGUGGUACCAGGUUUUCCAAUCCAGAUAAAUUGAAUGUAAAACAUGAAGCAGAAAUUAUGGAAUUAACGAAGGGCCAUGUGUCUUUAGGAGGAGGAGGAUUAGCUCUUGUUGGUACAGGUGCAUUGUAUUCAUGGGCAACAGAUGUUGAAGAUGUAAUAGAUGCUAUGAGGAAUAACACUCCUGUAGAUACAAAUUCACUCUUGGACUUCAGUGGUGGAAGAGGUACAUGGGGAGCUUGCUAUGGCACUCACCUUGGAUCAGUUUUACAUGAAUUGGCACAUACUUUAGAUCUAGGACACACUCCACAUGGCAUCAUGGCAAGAGGUUUUGAAGAUCUGCAUGUGUUUUUCACAACCACAAAACUCACAUCAGAUUACCUUCCUCAGUCACCACAUCAUAGUGCCAUCAUGCGUCAGUCCAUGUCUAGCUCUUUAAUCAAAGAAUCAGUCACAUUUACUACAGACUUCGUCCGCAAAAUACCAUUGGAUAAUAUAAAUAUGACAGUUGAGCCUCCAAAAGAGCCGAUUGCAUCCAGUGGUGUUUACAGUCCCCCAAUUUUUACAAGAAGAUAUCCCAACCGAAGAGAUUCAGAUGCAAGUCCUGGAUCUCCUGUUACUCAAGAGUCUAUUUCGUCACAAAUGCCAAAGAAUGCUUGCAGUCGUCCAUUACUGAAUGCUCCAUCUCCUAAUCUGAGUACACACUUCAGCAAUAAUAACAAAUUCUCAGAAGUUGAUGGGAGUAAAUGCAGAGCCUUUUGGGCAAGAUCGAGUGCUGUUAUAUUAGCUUUUCACAAGUGGCUGAAUGAAGUAACUCAUGGUGAGCCUCCUGAACUGAAAGGGUCUGUUGUCUGCAGCACUGCAGGAAUCCGAGUGGUUGAGUUACGUGAUUUGCAUACAAUGGCAUUCCACCACUGGGAGUUUGUAACAAGACCACCACCUCCAGUUCUCCAUCUUCCAUGGGCACAGGUACCACACUGGCCACCAGAUACCCACAUUGAGGUAGUGGCUCAGGAUACUCAGGGUAACCUUCUGAAGGGGUGUUUUGUUCCUCGUCCACUAUAGACAGACUAAUUUAAGGCCUCAAACAUUGCACCAUGAAAAAGUUUACAUGGUUUUAAAUUUGAAAGUGUUAACUAUUUAUUGUUUAGUUAUGGGUUCCUUGUGAAGACUUAUUGCCAAAAGUCUUUUGAAAUAAUUUUGAAUUAGUUUUAUUUUGUUACCAAGUUAUGAAUUUUAGUAUCUAAAACUUCUUAUGUAUCUAUUCCAUAAAUUUUAUCAUCUCUCCUGAUGUGACAUUUCUAUUUAUGAAAGUAGUAGUAUAGAUAAAAACCAAGGCAAAUUCCAAUACUCAAGUUACAUAGCCUUAGUAGAUUAAUACAGUAAGCAAGCAGCUAGUCAUUAGAAUUAAAAUAUUUUAUAAUAGAGAAGCUCAGCCUAUUGUAGUACAGUAUAUCAGUUCAUAGGCAAAAGAUUUAUCUAUGAAACUACUCUACUGCAAGUUAUUUUACAACUUAGAGAUUGCGAUGUUCAUAAAUUUUCUUUCUUUGCAACUUCUUGCAAGAUUCUUUCAUAUUAAAAUCGGUGUUAGCUACGUACUGAUAAAUCCAGUUUAUAAUUCACCUGUUAUCGUCCUUUAUUUCCUGCUUUAAUUAGGUUUAGUAACUUCAUAGUCCUGUUGCCUUACCUCAUGAGGCUGCACAAACACUUCAUUGGUAUUCUUUAAUUAUUCUCUUUGCCUUAGCAAGGAAUUUCUAAUAAACAUAAUGUUUAUUCAUAAAGACUAUAUAAUACUGAUUUUCUAAACUUCCCAGGCAAGGUCCACACAAAACACAACUAUCAUGUUAUCCAAUUCCAAACACCUUCUGAUUGACUCCAUUUUACCAAACUACUGUUUAUCCUUUUGAAUGACCAAGGUAAGGAUUUCUGUGUUAACAGAUUAUGAGUAGCAAGUAGCAAGAUUACUUUCGAGGGUGGUAUUGCUUUUAACACUUUUACACUUAUGAAUAUUUAGGUUCAGGAUUUUAAGUAAUUAUUAUUUUGUCGAGAACAGUGUAGAGCUCAUGUUUCUGUUCACACAGCUUCUCAAAAACAGUUUGGAAAUUCUGCUGCUGUUGAACAAAUUAACUGCUUUAUUCAUUAUGAUGAUUUAAGAAUUUGUGUACCUUCAAACUAGAGAUGUUUUGAAAAAGGGUACCAUCUCAAGCUGUAAAGUCAGUUUAGUUUUACAUGAUUCUGCAGUUACUAAAUGAUCAUACUGUAUAAAAUAAUUGGUAAAUUAAGUUAAAGAUUUAUUGAUUAUUUUGUCAGUUGUGUUACUAUUUCAAGGGACCAAAUCAUAAUAUUUUCAAUUUAGAUUUAACUUUUGCUGUCUCUGUCUACUACUGGUGGUUAAGAUUAUACCUACAGUUUUUGUUAAUGGUAACUGGAGAAUGUAUCACAAGGCUUAACAUCUAAUGAUGUUGGAUAUAAUGCAAUGCCAUUACCACUAUUGUUUUUCAUGCUAAUUAGGAUGUACAUAGAACUCUUGAUUGUACAGUAGUUAUAUAAUAAUUGAUGUAUAUCAUGAGAUUAUAGAUUUUAUGAGCGCCUCAGUGGCAUGUCGGUAUGGUCUUGGCCUGCCAUCUCGGUGGCCGUGAGUUCGAUUCUCAGGCAUUCCAUUGGUCCCGUUGCUGAAUAACCACUGGUUCCAUGCAAUGUAAAAACACCAUACAAACAAACAAACAAUACAGAUUUUAUGAGAACCUUCCUACAACCAAAAAAUUAAACCUGUUCAGUCAUUAUGAACGUAUUUAUUUGUGUAUGUAUAUUGUGAUAAGCUCUGCAUAUUGUUUCAAGAGAAUAUGAGAACUGGAAAACUCAGGUGCUUGAAAUUUUGUAGGCAAUGGAAAUGCCUAAGACCACUGGAGUCUAAGUCCAAUUAUUUUGUGGUAUAUAAUACCAUAAUGCUGGUAUACAUUGGCACGAUGAAGUCCAUAUGUACGUAUACCAUACUGGUACUUUAAGAACUUGUAUUUAGGUAAUAAUUUUUGCUGAGAUUCACUUGCAAGGCCCAGAGGUCUUUAAGUAAAAUAUAAUUACGUUCUAUCGUCAAAGGAAAUUUUAUCUUUUUCAUAAUUACCCUUCAGUGAUGUACUGUUGUCUGUAUUCUUAGCUCACACAGUCAGGUGGACUUCUCCAUUCUUGCUGUUUAUAGUUUUCAAUUGGAGAGAAGUUAUUUUAUUUUCUUAACUAAUUCCAUUUAUUUUAGCAGCAUAUGCCAUAAACUGGCAAAUAAACAUAACAGGUUUCCUGUCUAGAUUCUGCGUGAGUGAAGUGAUGUGUGCUAUUUCACCAGAAUUACUGUGAUCUUUUUCCAUUUACAUAACUUGCUUGUUCUAUUGCAUUAUAGUUUUUUCAUUUGCUUGCAGGCAGAAGUAAUCUUGCUGUUAUACCUUUGCUCUUAAGAGAGUGGUUCAUGAUUUAAAUGAUGAUCAAACUAAGAUAUCAGGUAUUUUAAUGAAAUCACGUAGUAAAAUCUUUAGCAUACAUGCUUAAGUAUAAUUGCUAAUUCAGAUUGCUAGGUGAAUAGGAGACAUACAGUAUUUGAAAUUUUAUUUCCAAGUAAGUUUUAUGUCAUGGUCAUUUGUAGGUUAUACAUUUUGUGGACAAUUUUACUUGAAAACAAUUUUGUUUAACAGGAAAAGCAUCAGACCCAUUAUUAGUCAGCAUUCUUUAAAAACUUUUAAGCAUUUCAUAUAUACUGUUGAAAAAUUAGUUCCUUGCUGAGGCUAAAAGAAGACUUGAUAUUAUUCCAUGUUUCUUGUCUCAGUAAACAAGUGAUAUUCGUCUUUCUCUUUUGCAGGAUAAAUUUUUUGUGAAUUGAUCUCAGAUUUUCUGUCAAAACAGUGUUUAUGGUUUUUUAAAGUAGAGUAGCAGUCAGUAGUAGUUCUAACUCAGAGUUCGCUGGUAGAUUUUUCCAGUAAUAUUUUAAUUUAUAACAUAGUAACAAGUUUUGUUCUUUCCUAGUAUUCUGAUAGUUGUGUAGACUUGUUAAACUGGGAAGAACUUCAGACUUAUUCCAUAAGUUUCACUACAUUCCUUAUGACUGAUAGUCAAGCUUUUAUAUUGUAGUUUAAAAUAUUUUUGUUUGUGCUGCUGAUCAUGUAAGCCAUGUGAAUAUCAGCUGGACAGUUUCUCACAGUAUACUUUUGUUUUAACACUAUUCUUCAUCGAUAUCCUUUUUGUGCUGUUCAUACUGCAGCUCAUUAUAUGACAUUAUGGUAGUCUUUAAUAUGACUAGAAUAUUUCUAUAAUUUCACUAAAAGUAGAUUUGACAGUUUUGUUAUCCUUAAACUUUUUUUUCAUUUUACAUUCUAAAGGUAGGUGUAGGAAGUCGUUUAUGAAAUCUUGUAUUGUUAUGAAGCUGUACUGUAUUUAUUUAUGACUUUUCUUGGGAUUUGGUGUUGGAAAAGUUCUUUUUGUCAAGGCAUAAUUGGCAGUUUAUUAUUAUGAACCCAUAUAUCAUGAGUACCCUUGUUCUGUGUGAAACAUACUCUGGUGCACCAACAGAGAUUUGAAAGAAAUAGCCCUACUUGCCAUGUCCCAGCUAACCCCAUCAUGUCACAGGGUGAGACUUAUUCUUCUGUGUGAUUCCAUUGGAUGUGGACAUACAGCUCUGGCUUCCCAGGACAAGGGGAAUGCCUCUGCUGUUUUUAUGCAGAGAUAUUUAUAAUUCAUUUUCAGCGACUAAUUCAUUUCUUUACCAGUUUAUUCACUUUAAUGAGCAUUUAGUUACAUCAUUUACUACUUGCCUUUGGACUGACAACUUACUAGUACAGUCAGUCCCCGGCUUACAAGGGGUCCAGCUUAUAAUGUUCUGAGGUUACAAUGUUUUUCAAGUAUAUUCUUCAGAAAUUAUUUCCCGGUUUACGACAAGUUGCAGGGUUAUGACACUCAUCUUACAGAAGAAAUAUGGCUCCAAAACAACAGAAGAAUAAAAAUUUGGAGUAUUUUUUUUUUAACGAAAAACUCUAUAAAAAUGCAGUUUACAUUGUUUUCAAUAUACCAGAUGCAUUAAAAGUAAGGUUUUCUUAGGAUUUUCAACAAUUUUUCAGCUUAUGAAAUGGCGUAGAAGGGAGCCCCCGUCAUAAACUGGGAACUGCCUGUAUUCUCAAAGUUACUGUGACAGUUGACUUAUAUUCUCUAAGUUACUGUGAGUCAUCCCCUUUCCUCAUUUUUCAUUACUAUGGAGUAAGUUUCUGUGAAUUUUUUUUUAAAUUUCCGUAAUUUUCAAACUUAUGUAAUUCUUUUGAUCAUGUGAUUCUAGUCUUUUUUUUUUUUUUUUUUGUUUUUUUUUUUUUUUUUUUUUUUUUUUGCCAGUGGUAAUGGGUGGUGUAACAUAACCUUUUGCAUAUGUGUAAGCCCUGUCAGUUUGUUUACCCAGUAAUUGCUUGUAUAUUUCGCUUUGCACUUCUGGGCAGUAAUCAUGGAAUGCGUUCUAGGCCCUGAUGCUGUUGUUUAUUAAAAUGAUAAAUGAAAGUAAGAUGUAACCAAGAACCCAUGUUGGUUUUUUUAGACAUAGAAGCAUGAAAAUUUUAAAAAUAUUCUGUGCAAGCACAAAACCAUUUGUAAUUUUUUUUUUGUGCUUUUCAUCUCCUUUCUUCUUUCUCUGGAGAUACUUCAGUAAAAAGUUCAUAUAUGAAGAGGAAUCAUUAUACCAGCCACGUGAGACCCAUUUACUUUUUAUUUAUUUCAUUACCUAUGCAAUGCUUACAUUUUGUUAAGCUUCUUGGUAAAGAAGAGGUUAAGACAGUAUUUCUGAUUGACCUUACCUCUUUUAGGCAAAGUUUCCCACUCUAGCCACUGGUCCUCUGAAAGACCCUCUGCCUGAGGGACUCUUCAUGGCCAAGACUCAAUCUUCUAGUAAUGAUAGUUUUCUCUUAAAUUUAUUUCACUAUCUGUGACUUACUUUCAUCUCCCAAGAAGAGUACUCUGGAUCCUGUGAGAGCCCUCAAAUCUUAUCUCCUGAAAAUGGAAUACUUUUAAACAUUUUGUACUUUACUGCAUGUUAGUUGUCAGAAUCUAGUUUUUUAAGUUCAUUACAUCUUAUUAACUCAAGCAGGUAGUUUCUUGGGCUUGUGGUGAUGUUUCUUGGUAGUAACUUGUUAGUUCUGUUAUUAGUGCUCAUUAAGUUCAAGCCCUCUCCUCCACCUUGGCAUUUUAGUUUAAAUCGGAGCUGUUUGCUAUACUCAUAGUAGGCAUUUGGCAGAAUACCUUUGCCAGAUUUUAUGUAUGUAAAGUUAUUCAUGAAUCCAUUUAUGUUUAUUUGUUGGGAUCCAUUGAAUUAAAAAUAAAAUUUAGGCUAAUGGCCAAGCACUGGGACCUAUGAGGUCAUUUAGUGCUGAAAGGGAAAUUGAGAAUAAAAAGAUGUAACAGGAGGAAAACCCACAGUUGCAGUAUGAAACAAUUGUUAGGAAUGUGUGGAAAGUAAGAUGGAAGGAAGAGAAUAGGAACAAAGGUAUAGUAAAGGAAUGAAAGGCAUUGCAGUUAGGGGCUGAAGGAACACUGCAAAGAACCUUAAGUAAUGCCUGUAGUGCACCACAUGAAGAGCACUGACAGCAUUAACCCUCUACAGGGCUGGAAUCUAUUGAUGCCGUAGGGCAUGUAGUUUUUGUAGGGAUGAAUUGGGGCCUUUCUCGUCGUGACUUUAUCCUUUAUUUCUUGUGAACUCAAGUAAGUUUUCAAGGUUAAUUAUCCAUCAUCUACCUUUGGGGGAUUGGACUUUCUGCAGCACCUUUACUUUUAUCUUCAAGGGUGCAUCUGCUUUCUAUCACAUGAAUUAUGAUCAGACUGUUUAUAAUUUAUGAGUUAGCAGUAGUAAACAAUAUUUUAUAAUGAAAGACAUUUCUUAUACAAACCCAAUAUGUAAUCAUAAUUUCUAUCACCUUCUUCCCUCCUCCUCACUGUUCAGAUAGAGGCUGUCCAUGAAGCUAGUGUAGUCUUACCUUGUGACAUGAUAGGGUUUGCUAGCACUUUUGCAGUGGUGCUUUAUCUUUCAGAUAUCUCAUUGUUGUACUGGGUGUGAUCUGCACAGAGUAAGACUGUUCAUGUAUAAAAAUGUAGAAAAAUUAAAAUAUCUCAUUUUGUAACCAUGAUGCUGUAAACAGACACUGAGCAAUCUGAUAGUAAUUCUUAGCACAACUUGACAAGGAUGGAAAAAAUAACUGACUAGUUUUAAUGGUUUUCUGUAGUGUAUUAUAUGUACCAUAGUUACUGUAUUUGGUUACAGAAUUUUUUUAGUUGCUCUUGAUUUUCUUGUAGUAAAAUGCAUUUUUAUAUAGAUGGAAUGAAGACAGUAUCACUCAAAUAUAUGUGUUUGACUUGUAGUUGUAGUAAGAUAUAUUCAUGUCAUUGUUUAUAGUUACUUGAAUAUAUGUUUGGUAGACAUUUGCUCAACUAGAAAAUUUACUAGUUAUCUUUUAAGUCUUCAUUGUUACGAAUGAUUUCUACCAUUUAUGUAACCAGUAAGAUAGCGCUGCAUAAGGUUCACUUAGUAUUUAGAUACCCCUAAAGAUUGUUUAAAACUUUAUAUGUGUGAUAUUGAAUUGACAAAAACCCAUCAUCCUAAUGCUGUGUUGUAUUACAAGUCCUCUUGUGUAUAUUGACAUGUCAGCAUGAUGUGGUAUUUUAGGUACAGUAAUAACCGGAACUUACGUGAGGUUAGGUUCUAGACCUCCUCGUGCAUGGGGGAUUUUUGCGAAAAUGCUAAAAAAUGCUUAAUUCUAGAUUUUGAACACUAAAUAUGAUCUCAGUCAUGCACCCUAAAUAUUGAGCUAACUUUUAAAUUAGAUUAAAGUUACUGUUAUUUCAUUCAAAAGUUAGUUUAAUACAUUACCCUUAAAAAAUAAAUAAUUGAUUGGUAAAAAUGUAGUUGUGUGUGAAGAUUACACACUACAACGUAUUUCUCUCAUCUCUCCCCUUCCCGACUGACCGAUCUACUUUUAGAAAUCUUCUCAAUCACUCUUAAGAAAUUGUUUAUUCUGUCUCUUUCUCUUUGUUCUGAAAUUCCUUUUCAUGAACAAGCAGUGCUUUUUAUUUGGACUAAUACACCUCUUAGUUAUGUGUCUGUUUUAGAACACCGUAUUUACAGUUCUAGACGGUAAAGGUAAAAAUAGUUCAGUAGAAAAUUAUUUACCACUAACUACAAGAGAAAGAGAGAGUAUACAUAUAAGUAUUAAAUUAACUUGUAAAUUAAAUUAAAGUUACUGAAAUUCCAUUUAUAAGUUACCUUAAUACAUUAGAAAAAAUAAAUAAAUGGUUGGUAAAAAUAUAGGAGUGUGUGAAGAUAUAUAUAUAUAUCACAGACACACACACACACAGAAUGAAUAUAUUGUAUAAAAAUCAUUAACCGGCUAAUGGCAACACUCCCCUUUCUGUCACAUUACUUUACAUAUUUGACAUCUCUAGAAUUCACGCUUCUGGUGGAGUUAAAAAGAAAGCCAAGGGAAAGAAUUUUUAUAUGCAUAAUUUUGUAAUUACAUUUACUAUACGUAUUAAUAUUAUUAUUUGAAAUUAUUAAUAAACAUUUACAUGUACCAUAAAAAUUCUCUCAUCUCAGUAAGAAAGAGAGAGAGAUAGAGAAGAGUUCUUCUUACUUAAAAGUGAAAUGAAAAGGGUAUUUCUUUAAAAUGCUAUCAUAUACAAAUUUUGUAGUUACAGUUAUAUUGUUAUAAUUAAAUUAAAAGAUGCUCAUAAUAGCAUGAUCUUCAAAUGGAGAAACAAGUCCACACUUAUGUAAAUGUACAUAUAUUUAAAUUUAAAACUGUAAGGAUAGCUUUCGGGAAUCUGCUCUUUUCCCCUUUUCAAUCUGACAAGUUGAUGUAGCACUUUAACCGAGUAAAUAUAAAAGGGGUCAAAAUAAGUGACUUGUUUAUGAACUAUGAUACUAUUCUUUAAGCAUAGAUAAGGCAAUGCCUUCGUUUUCUGGAACGUUUAUUUGGUCCUUCCCCAGUACGGUCAUUUUGAUGGUCUUCAACAGUUAUGUACAUUUACUUAACUGUGGAUUUGUUUUUCCAUUAUUAAUUAACAUAUUAUUUGAAAAUAAUAAACAUAGUACAGUACAUACAUCUACCAUAAAAAUUCUCAUCUUGGAGAGAGAGAGAGAGAGACAUUAUUUUUAUCAUUUAAUGUUAAUUUACACACAAAAGCUUGAAAACUUAUAAAUUACAAACAUAAAAAAUAAACAAACACUUUUGUAGGGUUUCUCGAAGAUAAAAAAUGUCUUGUUUGCGUUCGCAUGUCUGUGAAAUACUCUCAUAUGAUAAUUAGUUAGGAUCCCAUGAAAAGGUUGCGCUAUUGAGAAUUUGCACAACUUGAAUCACGUAAGAUUGAGGUAUUACUGCAUAUGUGUUUCAUGUAGGCUUUCAUGAUUUAGAAUUAAGUGCUGCUGUACAAUUUACAUAAUUAUAUUUAUGUGAGCUCCUUUGGAAGGUAGCACUUAAAUUACAAUAGAUGCUAUUACCUGUCAUCUUGAAUCCAUAUACAGAGGAUCUUCCUACAUUUUAGCUCUUAAGUAAUAUCACAUCUUUGUCACUUCACCAUUUGUUUCUUUGCAAUGUAUUUUGUAUGCUGCCAUUUUGAACAUGAUAGAUCUGAUUGGGCCCUUUGGUAACCAUAGGUUUGGGGUUGGUUUAUCCUUAAUGGCUUUACCCAUAUAAGUACAUCAACCUUGUAGAAUGUUUCCCUUUAAUGCGGGAAUGACUGUCUGUGUUUGUUUUUCCUUGGCUGCUUGGUUGGUGUCCAGUUGUUUGGUUCAUGAACCAUUUAUUCCAUUGAUUUAUACUUACCAUAAGUUUUGCCUUUUCUUGUAAGUCAUGCAAGUUUGGUGUUUAGUUUUUUAUAUCCUCGUGGCCUUGUCUUGUGUUUCAGAGAUGCAGGGGCUUACUUUUUAUUGAUCUUCUCUUUCCUCUUCAGGUGUUCUUAGAAUAUCCCUGGCCUAACUGUAAGGUGAACUGGUUUUAUUCAACUAACACCAAAACACCAUUCACUGCCAGACUUUGGAUGGCUCCUUUGAGGUCUAUUGAAGCAGAUGUGGUAGUCUGUGAGUAGGAUAAGUCUUAUGGCAAGAAAACUGUGCAAAUAGAGAACAGUGGAAUUCAAAAAGCUCAUAUUCAAUUGAUAUAUAGAGCCUGAGUGUCUUCAAACUGUGGUUUCUUUCCUUCGAAAUCAAAAUCCUUCUCAGUUCAUUGAUAUCUCAUCCAUCCCAGUACUUAAAAGGUUGUAAAGAAUGUCAAGACAAAAAUUCUUUUCUCCUAGGAUGGUUUUUGAAAAUGAGUUUUCAUCUUAAAUUUUUAUAGACAAUGAGGGGCCCCUCAACUAAAUACAUCGGUAAAUGUCAUCUCUAGGGACAUGAAAAUUUUUCUAAAUUUAUAUUUGGUAUUUCUGAAAUUUACACAUUCUUCAUCAAGUCUCUGGCAGAUAGAGUCAAGAUGAAGUUCUUUAACGAUUUCACUUCCUCUAUCAUUAAUAUAGAAAUGGCUUGUGCUAAAGUAUAAUGAUUCUCAUUAUACUUUAACCUAUUGGAAGAUCUCCAAACUCUGCACCAUCUUUAAUAUGGUGAAUGAAUUAUUGAGUUAUUUGACCCUUUAUUUUUAAUUCAUUCUUUUGGAAAAUGGUCAUGAGUGGGAAGAUCCCAGGUAAGCAGGGUGACCUAGAUUGUGGCUUCUCUCUUAUGGCAUUCUGAAAGUUGUGUUUAUAAAAGUUUAUGUAGAAAUAAAAACCUUGAUAGUUUAACAGAUAGGUUAGGAAAAGAGGAAUCCUUUGUCUAUGAGUAUCUCAAAAACUGCCCCAUUAUGCCCUUGUCCCAUAUAGUUGUGGCUGAGUUUUUAUAUUUGAGCAUUCAUGUUUCAAAAAGGCUUUUUGAAUUUCAAAAUAACAACUUUCUGGCACAUUAUUUAAUUCAGCUUCUAGGGUAAACUAGUUUUUCAGUAUUUUGCAUUUUCUAUGCUGCGAGUUAUUGGUCUCUUUGUUAGCCACAGCAGAUAACUUGAUUCUUAUGUACAUAUGAAUAGAAUGAGAGGUAGAAGAUUAUGCAUGGUUCAGAUGAAAGUGUACUCUUACGUAUGGAGUACAUAACUGGUUAGUUCUCUAGUGGAAUUAUGCGGCUAAAUGUCACUACUAUAAUAACCAUGGUACUGUGUCUAUAGAGAUGAUAUUCUUAAAAAGUGUAUUUGGAUCUAUCUACUCCCACAUCCUUGGCUAACUUUUGAAAGUCAAGCCAAGUUUUACUAAAAGUUUUAUUGCAUAUUAUGUUCAUAAGCAACAUGAGAAUUUUGUUGCAAUUUUGUAAAUCAUAGCUUAAUACAGUUUGUCAGAUCUCAGUGAUAUGUAAUAAUCGAGCAGUGAGAGUUUAAUUUUAUAAAUACUAAUAUAUCCUUUAUUUCAAAUUUAAGGGACUUUUGUCUUAAUUAUUGUGAUAUACUUUCUACUGAUAUUUAUUGAGGGCAGAAAUGUUUUUGUCAUCUGCUUCCUUGUAUAUUGUAAAAUGUAAUUGCCAUGGGUGUUAGAAGAAUGUUUAGUUUUUUAUAAUUUACUGUUAUUUUAUUUUUUAUUUAAGCUAAUAUGAAAGUAAUUUGGGAGCUCUUAAUUAGAAUUUGCUUUCUGGUUUCUUAUAAGACAAAAAAUGAAUUACGUAUUUUGAUAUAUUAAUUCCUUUCUUUGUUAUUCUUUGAGCAUUCCGCUUAUGCACUUUUGAAAUAUUUGUCAUUCUUUCUAUACAUUAAUUUGUCUAUGUUGUAUAUGUUAUUUCUUAGACACUGCUAUCCUUAUUUAUGGACUUGAAUUCAUAUUUGCAUAUGCCUGAUAUCUGGGUAAUCAGAUUCAAGGACUGUUAUCAAGUGCCUAAGAUUUUAUGCAAUAGCUUCUGCUGGUAUGGCUAGGUUUCUAAAUGUAUUUAAAGCGCUUUGUAAAAAAAACUGUAUAUCAGUACAGUACUUAUAUUUUUGUGACAGUGGAGUUAAAUAGUAUAGCUUGCAGAAGUACCGUAUUGUACUGUACACAAGACAUUUUUGCAAUUAAGUUGCACUGUUUUAUCUUAUGAAAUUGCUUUUUUCAUGAAGGUAAAGCUUGCAACAAUAUUUUUUGAGAACAGUUGUUAAUUUAGACAUUCACUUAGAACAAAAUGUUCAUGAUACAAAUCAUUAACAGUUCAUGAAAUAGUCAUUACAGUAUACUUCUAAGGAAUUUUUGGAAAUGUCUGAAAAUCUGUAGCUUUUUUUCAGUAAGAUUUUCAGUAAGACCAGACAGGAAGUACAGCAUCUGGAAUAUAUUUCUCACAAGCAUUGCAGCCCUGGUUUACCAUGAAAUUUCUUAGGUUAUUUUUAUACAUAGUAUAUAUUGCCAGUUUAUGGUAUAAUUUUCCUUUUUUGUAUUAUCUAUUUUUGGUAUUUUAGUCCUGUUAAUCAAGAGAAAUGUUCACAUUUUGGUUAUGACAUCAAAAAUCAUCUAUGAACAUUGCACUAACGUAAAUAUGUUAAUUUGUAAAUCCUAGCAAAUUUCUGCGUUGUCAUUUCCUACUCACAAGAAAAUUUUGCUCUCCACAAAACAUUAUGUAAAAGUUGCAGAAAAAUUCUGGUUUUCCAGAAAUAUUGUAUAAAUAAAAUGGGAAAAGAAAUGUAAAGAAUAACACCAACAUUCAUGUUUUUAUUUUGUAGUUCAUCUAUUGGUGGCAGUUACGUACUUGUACUUCUUCUAUUGGUGGCAGGUACUAAAUCUGAUGUAUUCCAUAAAAGUGUUACCUCAGUGUUAAAAUUUUAUGCACAGUCCAGAAAAAUGUUAAGAUUCUUAUUGAAAAAUAUCCCGUUAGACUCCUAUAACCUUGAUGUUGUGGAUGGGGAGGAGGGGGGGACUUCAGUGAGCAGCAGAUUUGAAUCAACUCAUAACAUGGCCUCAAGUAGUUGUUCUAGACUAAAUAGCUAAGUUUUCUUAAACCUUUUAUUGCUUUGUUUUUUCUUCCUUAUGCUGGAUUGAUUUUUGACUUGAAACCCCUGUGCAGCGUUACUUCUGAUCAUGCUUAGAACUUGAAGGAAGGUAAAAGUUAUACUCACUCAGUUCAAUUAACCUGGUGGUCAAGCAAGAUGAGUCUGAUGUGAAGCUUUACUCCAAAUACUGAGUCCAAUCUUGAUGGACUGAUGACCAUCAAAGCACUAGAAAUAUAAUUUUAUCUCAGUGUACUAAGUCCUUGGAUGACCCACUCAGUGUACUAAGUCCUUGGAUGACCCAUAAGAAAGUGCUGUAUUUCCUUGAAAUGCAACUUUAGGAAGGUGUGGGAAUACUAUGGGAAAAUACCUCAAUAAAACUUGAUGGUCUACAUUUUGAUUAUGAGCAGUGCUUUCCUUGUAACUGUUGAUGACCAAUAUGUGGGAAUGGGUAAUCCUAAGUUUUCUUCCUUUAAACUAAAUACCAGCCAAGUCUCAUAUUAAACACAGGAACCAUAUGAAGAAAGAGAUACUGUGUAGUAUAGUAAAAUUCAGACAUCACACUAUUUGGACUCCCUCUUUGGAUGUGAUAACUAGUCAAAGUUUUUGAUAUUGACAGCUGACUCAAAUUUAGUAUGCCCAAAACUAGAAAAUAGUUACCAAGGAGAAUGAAUAGUUGUGUGACAACACCAACAAAUCCCACCAGAAAAUUUCAUGAUAAAUACCAAAACUGGCAAUGCUGUAUACACAGUUUACUAGACAACACUAUGAAAAGUGACCAAGGAAUGAAGAUGCUACCAAAGACAAAGAACUAGCUAACCAAAUCAUUCUUUAAAAAUAUGCAAUAGCAUUGAAAAUUUAGUAAGAAGAAGAAAAGAGAGCCUUGCUUAAGUUGGCAAAAAUAAAAUUUUGUGAGCAAAACCUUCCUGUAAAAAUCAAAGUGUUAUGGCAAAAUUUAAAAAUUAGACUAUACAACAAGUUCAAAAACCCUGCCAGCAUAAAAUACUUGAAAAUGUUAUUCUAGUCAAGAAGAAAAAUUUUGUGCCUAUGCAGUCUAUGCUCUUCUACCCAUCAGAUGUUAUUCAAAGUACUGGCUUUGGUUGACCGAAUUUUACUUAUAAUUUUGAAAAUUUGCACUGAAAUUCAAGAUUAUUUCUACAGUUUUAUUGAUUGAUUCAUUUAUUAUGUUAACAAUAACAUAUAUAUUACUUUAUUUGUUGCUAUGUUAAAUACUUUGACUUAACAAAAAACAAAAAACAAUAAUUAUUUAUUACUUUCUAGUACAGUUCAAUGAAAAGGAUAGUCACAGUAAAUGUGGACUUCCAGAAAUUUUUUGGUGGGUCGUUCGACCCCACCCCUCGGUACAUACUGGCCUGAUAAAGGACAAAUUGAUGAAGAAUUCAGGGGAAGAAUUCUUCACUCAAAAUAGAAAAGUUCUUAGUGACAUACUGUCCAAGAAACAUGAUCCUAAACACACUGAACAAGUGUAGUUGGAGAAGGGUAAAGAUAAUAUAGCCAACAAAAGGUCAAUUGAUAGCACCUCUCCAUCAAAGAAAAAAUUAAUACCUUCACUGAUAAGCCAGACCAGCCUUUCAAACUAAAACUACACAAACAAAUCUGGCAGGGUUACACUAACCUCAGUCGUACGAGCAAACAAGAAAUAGUUUAUAAGGAAAAAACUAAUACAUAAUCCAUAAUUUUAUGAGACAGAGACAAAAUUCCAGUCAUAGUGCUUAAAAAUGCCACUUUCUAGAAGAAAUUCGUUUUCUUUUUAUAAUGUAGUAGUUGUCAUCCCAAUACUAUGUGCAUACACUCACUGGGCAUGUGAAAUCGUAGAAGUUACUUUUUCUAAAUCUCCCUCUAAGGGCAAUAGGGUAUUUUCCUUGGUAGUGUCCCUACUGGUGGAACAGAGUGUGUAAGAGGAUGAUGGAUGAAAGUAUCCACAACUGAUAUCUUAUAUCUGACUGAGCAUUUGCUUGAUCCACUGAAGCAGACUUGGAUUUGCUGAUUUUCUGUAAACUAUAGUGGCAUACCCUGACAGGGUCUAUUGCAUGUGCCACCAGGAGACUGUUGGUACUAGGUUCACAUGUGAAGUAGAGGAAAAGCACUCUUUCAAAAGUUCUGAGGGUUUCUAGGUCCUCCUCAGUGUAGAUUCUGACAAAAGUGUCAUCAACAUAAUCAAGGAAUUAUGGGGGCAGGGGAUCUUACUGAAGACCGUCUCCUUGACAAUGCCUUUGUAGAAGUUAGACAUCUAAUGUGGAUACUUUCAUACUUUGUGUUCUUAUGUACUGCUCCAUUUGGAGAGAGAAUACCAAUGAGAAUGAGAUGUCGGCAAAGACGCAUAAACAAUAGUCUUUUGUUUGUUGACCAACAAAACGGCUAUAGUACACAAGUGGCACACCAUUGAAAACCCCACCCAUGAAGAUGGUGAAAAUGCUAUAAAAUGGCAUAAUAACAGCUUGUUUCCAGAACCUUAUGCACCAAAAACACCUAGAAGAUGAGAUGGCCACAAAAAAGAUUACAUAAUAAGACAAAAUGUCCCUCCCAUAGUAGAUUGUGAAAGAGUAAAUGAUAGCUUACUAUAAAAUAUGUAUGAGAACCAGUUACCUCAUCUUGAAAAAUAAACCAGCACACUUUUGAGACAGAUUUGAAAAAAUAUAACCACCUAUGAGAGUUAGAGUGCCCAGUGACUGGACGCCACCACUCUUGUAUCAUGAUGACAGUUACGCUAUCAAAAUGUAACAAGAAGGUAACAUAUUUAAUCGCAAUAACCAUAAACACCCAAGUAGACAAAAAAGUAAGAAUUAAAGCCAUAAAAAUUAUAGACAUAGCACCAGAUCAUCAAUACCUUCACCUUCUCGGAGCCUUACAUUUCCUAAAGAAAAAGCCUAUCAGAUAUAUUGUUUAUGAAACUGAAUUUCUGGCAAUCAUUAGAAAUUAAAUCCAUCAGCACCAAACACCAUCGUUGCUAAAAGAGAAAGACAGUGCACAGCCAUUCCAACAUCAGAACAGACCCAUGUAUCCAGUGUAACAGCAGAAAGUAUAUAUGAAACAGGAAUUUGGCAGAGUCUAAACAUCAACAUAGGAUUGCAAGAAAAUCAAUUGGUACCAGGUGACAAUGGGGGGCCCUGUCAAGAAUGAGAAAUAAGAUGAACAAAUGCCCUUGCACUGGAGUAAACCAUUACACCAGUCACACCAGGGAUAGAUACAUUGUCAGAAACCGCUCAAUACAACCAAGAAGGUCUGAAGAUCUGCAAGCUUUACAAGAGACUCCAUAUGUUGGUGAUGGACCAAAGAAAAUUUGACAUACCUAAACCUCAAGCCAGCUUCUUUCCUAUAAAUACUUGUCCACAUAUGUGUUUCAUUCAAUCUUUUUGUAGAUGACUGCCUGCGUGCGAGAUGAAAUGUAAAAAAUUAAAUAAUGAAAUUAUAUAUUUCCAUGUGUUUUGGAAAUUUAUUAUAUUGUCUACCUGCAGACAAGGUGAAGAGAACAAGAAUAGAAAAGACUUUACAAACUAAAUCCUGCUCAAACAGCAACUGUUUUCAGUAAUACUGCCCUAAAAGAGGGACCUCUCCUCAAUGAUGAUUAUAAUAAAAUAAAAUAAUGUGUACAAGACAAAGCUUAUGUCUGUAAAUGAAGGAUGUAAUUUACACUGUAUUUGUAUGAACUAAAACUGAUGUAAUCUGUGCAUCCAUUUAGCAAAGUUCGAAUUUGUAUGUGUAUAUUUUCAAACCCAUCUUUACUUAUUGAUGACAAGAUUAGGUUACAGGAAAUAAUGGAAAUAGUCAGUGGGUGUUGGUUUAUAGACAAGCUUGCUUUGCAGCUUCAUCAGGUAAAUUUAUGAGUUACAGGUAUUACAUCUGCAAAGUACGCUAAAAGAAAAUUUUUCAUAGAAACUGACUGUUAGUACAUUAUUAAUUUUGAGCCAUUCAACAAGAUAAUUUAAACAUACAAAAUCUGUAAUUUUAAAAUAUAAUUAUUUUUGUCUGACAAAUAUUUUAAAGUAUAUUAACAAUAAGCUAUUACACUAGAGGAGGCCUUUACUAUGUUAAAAACAUUUAUGUUGUAAAUGAUUUAUUUUUAUUAUAGAUCAAUUGUACAGAAGGCUAUGAGGAUUUGACUUGAAUGUACAUAAUACUGAAGCAAUAUAUUCCUGUUUUCAUGCCUUCGGUGAAGACUAGGUAGACAUUCCUUAUUCAUUUGGGUUUUGGUGUGUUGGAACAUUUUUUGCCAGGUGUCUUUGUUUACAUUAAUUGUUUUAUGUGUGAGGUAUGUAUGUAGAGAAGUAGUAUCAAGGAUACAGUAGAGAAUGUAUGAGUGAGACAGUCACCUUCGCUGGUAAAUGUAAAGGUCAUGACUGCUUCUGUAGUUUGUAUUUACAUAUAGAAUAAUAGUGAAAGCAUAGAUAUAUUUAUUCAAUUUAUAAAUAAUAUAACAUUUAAUGUUUUAUGAUAAAACAGUGAAUUAUAUUCAUUAAUUAUUUCAAUGUCACUUUUUGUAGAAUUUGUGCAAUUUAGCAAUGUUUACAUCAUUCCUUAAAGAGCUUAUUUUGUGUUGCUACAGUUUAUUAGAUUAGCAGUGAGCAGUGUUACCAUUUAACAUGUGAUACUCAGUGGAAAAUAUUUAUAUAGUAGUGUUACUAUGUAAAUGAGAUUGAUAUACUUAGUAUGUAAUGUGUAUGUAUAGUAACUAGUGUUGGCAUUAGCAUUACUUAAGUAAACUGUCAAAGUUUGGUAAGCAAAGUAAACAUUUAGUAUAGGAUGGUCAAUGACAAAGUUGAUGUUGUAUAUAUUUUAUGUUAUUGUUAAGAAUUGCAAUACUGUACUGGAUAUUACUUAAUCAGUUACUUGAGUUCAUCAAACAGUUUAGACUUACAAAAUUUUUGUCUUUUUCUGCAAGGUUCAAAAUACCGUAGAAGAGAAAACUUACUGUAGUUGUAGAAAGUUACUAUAAAAGAAUUACAGUGCUGUACUACAAAUAUUUAAAGAAAAAAAUAGCAGCUGGCAUUACAUGAUCAAGUUUGAUCUAUUUUACAAGGCAUUAUUCACUGCUAGCUAGCGAAUUUAAAAUGUGCUCAUACAGAAUGUAUCUUUCAUAACUGGUGACUUUUAGGAAUUAAUUUCAGUAUUAGUUAUAUAUAUAUAAUAAAAAUACAUAGACACUAUUAAUAUAAGCAGAAAAAUCUUAUGUGUACGUGUAAUGCUUAAAUCACUAUUUAUUUGAGUGUCAGUUUACACACCAACCCUUGCACUUAUUACAGUUCACAGUCAUCUGAAGCUUCAAUAGUAGUGAUGAAUAUGCAUUAUAUACAGUAGUAUUAUAUAAUCAAUGGAAUAUUAUUGUAUAUGAAUAACAUUAUUGUUUUAAGAUCACUACAUGGAUGUGAUGUGUGUUUUGUUACAGAGCUUUAAUGAAUUUGUACAUUAGAUCAUUGAAAGGAAAACUGUGUUUACAGUAUUUUUAUUUUUUAGAUGAACUUCCCUCUUCCUCAACCCAAGUCAUAAUGUCUUCAGUUGCUGAUUGAGACAGCUAAUCUGUUGCAAAAUGCAUUUAAGUACACAUUAAUGGCCUUUUUGUCCCUUAUUAGUUGAGAGAUCUGGAGUUACUUUAUUCAGCUGCACCUUAAAGAUCUGUCAAAUGAUAUCUCAGCUGUUUUGUUUCAGGAAAAUAAACUAUUCUUUUAGUAGUCAUCUAUCAACCUCUGAUGUUAAAACAGUGUACAGUACGUAGUUUAUAUCAAGUAGCAGAGAGAAAUGAGGGUGAACGAUCAGGUUAACUUGUUUUUCUUUAUAUAAUACCCAUUCUUAAGACUCUUUACUUAGUUGAAAUAGUUAUCUUACUUUUGUCCAAAAACACAUAAGUUUUGUUUUUGUAGUGUUUGUAUGUACUGAUACUAUACAUAUUUGAGCAGAAUGAAUUUGCUUUAUGAUUACUCCCAGAAUUAGUGUUAUGAUAUUUUAUGCAGGUGAAUUUAAUUUCUAGUGGCUGUGAUAUAGGCUGUUUAGAAAUGCUUUUUUAGAAGUCCCUUUUCUAGUCGCCCGUUCACCUAAUAAACUAGACAGUCUACUUAUUAACUCUAGCUUUAGUGAAUACUAUUCUUACUGUUUUGGAAAAUCAAGGUGUUGCUAAUUUCUGUAUUUGUAUGUCUCUUAAUCUCCUUGCAUAGGGACCUGUGGAGCUGAUAUUUUUAUAUUUGUUACAACACAGGUGUUAAGAUGUAUUAUUGUUUAUAUAUUUUUGAACAGAGAAGACGUAAUGAAUAUCAGUGCUGCUAUGUAGUCUUCCUUUUUUCUUUUAAAGGUAAUAAUGUGCAGAGUUAGUCGAAGUCCAAGAGUAUUAUUUAUUUUAAAGUUUUACUGUUUAGUAUAUACAGAACUGUAAAUCCUUAUUACUGGGUUGAGCACAUAUGCCAUGCUGUAUUUGGGCUUGAUACAUUGCUACUUGUGAUGCAUUAAAUAUUCUCAUGUAAAA